ACAGCAGAAGUCAACCAAAGAAUUUCUUCUACAGCUGUCGCCAUCUUGCUCCAGAACAUAAACAACACCACCGAGUCCCGUUAGCGUUUGGGUGUACCGCUAUUUUUUUUUGUUUUUGUUUUUACUUUUUUGAUUUUGGAAGAAAACAACAAGUCUUCCGGCCUCAGCGCCGAUGCUUUCAAACGGAGAUGAUGUUUGAUGUGGUCACCUGAGCCGCCGUGUCAGUCGGUAUGACAGUCGUCAGCUGAUGUGCGUUGCUUGUAAAUUGGUUGUUGUGUGCGCGAGCAUGAUACCAUGACAACGGUGCGGCUGUCAUUAGCGCACCCUGAAGCAUUUUAUUUUAGCUUCAUAUCUACCCGCGUUAAACUAGUUUUGAACGCCUUAAGCGGAAUUGGCUUUUCAGUCGUGUAUGUUUAAACCAGCUGAGCUUAGACGAUGACGCCAGGCUAACCAGGCCGUUUGGUUUGUUAGCCGAAUAAGCUACUUGCGUGUGUGAGUGUGUGCGCGUGUCUUUGGAUAGCGCACAUUGUGUUCUGGAUGGGUUCUGCUGUGAAAUAAGCUGAGCCGUUUCUUACACAGACAUGGGGAUACACUGCGGAUUUCCUUACCGGGAGGGAGCGGAGGUUUAAAGGGGGGGCGGGGAGAGCAGCAGAGGGGGCUUGCUGCUCGUCAUCCCCGAAGAAAUGGACCAAGAGUACGAGAGACGGCUGCUGAGGCAAAUCAACCACCAGAACCUGCCCGCAGAGGCCCGCCUGACCAAGUGUUUGAGCGCUACCUGCAGUCCUGUCAGUGUGAAGUCAGGGGACCGCUUCAUCCCUACUCGAGCUGGAAGCAACUGGAGCAUCAACUUCCACUAUGCCAAUGAGAACUGUCGCUCUCCCAGUCAGAACCAUAAAGCAAAGGACGCCACUUCAGACUCAAGCAAAGAUGCUGUGGCCUAUGCUGCCCUGUUGAGGAAUGAGUUGCUGGGGGCCGGGAUCGAGACGGUGCCAGACCCUCACACGGAAGACCGGCGGCAUGCAGUCCUCUCGCAGGACUCUCACAGUCUUUUUAGGUACACUGUCCACACUAAGAGAGUGCCUUUUGAUAAUGACAAUGAAGUCUCACCAUACUCCCUUUCUCCACUUAGUAACAAAAGUCACAAGCUGCUCCGCUCUCCCCGCAAACCAGCCCGAAAGAUUUCCAAGAUCCCCUUCAAAGUGCUCGAUGCUCCGGAGCUGCAGGAUGACUUCUACCUCAACUUGGUGGACUGGUCAGCGGGCAACCUGCUGAGUGUCGGCCUGGGAGCCUGCGUCUACCUGUGGAGUGCCUGCACUAGCCAGGUGACGAGGCUGUGUGACCUUUCAGUGGACGGAGACUCUGUUACGUCAGUGUGCUGGAACGAGAGGGGGAGCCUGGUCGCCGUCGGGACGCACAAAGGUUACGUUCAGGUGUGGGAUGCAGCAGGAGGGAGGAAGCUGACCAGUUUGGAGGGCCACUCAGCCAGAGUAGGUGCCCUGGCGUGGAACGGGGAGCAGUUGUCUUCUGGCAGUCGAGACCGAGUGAUCCUACAGCGGGACGUCAGAACGCCGCCUUCUGCUGAGAGAAGGCUGCAAGGUCACAGACAGGAAGUGUGCGGUCUCAAAUGGUCCCCCGAUCACCAGCACCUUGCAUCUGGAGGCAACGACAACAAGUUACUGGUGUGGAACAGCUCCAGCCUUCUCCCUGUGCAGCAGUACAGUGACCACCUGGCAGCAGUGAAGGCCAUCGCCUGGUCUCCGCACCAACACGGGCUGCUGGCGUCAGGCGGAGGCACGGCCGACCGCUGCCUGCGUUUCUGGAACACGCUGACGGGUCAGGCUCUGCAGAGCACAGACACCGGCUCCCAGGUCUGCAACCUGGCCUGGUCCAAACACGCCAACGAACUGGUGAGCACACACGGCUACUCUCAGAACCAGAUUCUGGUGUGGAAGUAUCCAUCGCUGACACAGGUGGCCAAGUUGACGGGACACUCCUACAGAGUCCUGUAUCUGGCUGUGUCACCAGACGGGGAGGCCAUCGUCACAGGAGCGGGAGACGAGACACUACGAUUCUGGAACGUCUUCAGUAAGACGCGCUGUACCAAGGAAUCAAAGUCAGUACUUAACCUCUUCACGAGAAUACGAUAGUAAACGGCCCGGGGGUCGGGACGGUCCUCUGGAGGAGCCUGCCGGGGUGCGGCUGUAAUACACAGAGUCAAACAACGACACUCAGACUAGCCUCGCUGCACAAACUCUCAUCCUUUUCUACAAAAGGAUGGAGGCAAAACUUCGACGGACAACUGCCACCCCUCACAGCAAUGUCACCGAUUCCAGAAAAAAAUAACACACACACAGAAACAGCAGUCUUUUGUCACAAUUUGUUGUCUGCUUAUCAAGUUGAUCUCGUUCUUUUUUUUGUUGUUCUUUGUUUUUUCCCGUUGUGAAAAGUGAUCAAGUCGUUUUCUUAUCUAUCAGCAGAAGUACACCUGUGCAAGAGUUCUAAGCUAAGUAAUGUAAUGUAAGACGUUUUUUAAGAGGCGCUCCUUUGUAACAGAGAGAAGAUAAAGCCUGACCUGGGUGGUUUUCUUUCGUUAGAUAAUGUGUGAAUAUGAUCUACAGCAGUAUGCAACAGAAGAGGGAACCACAAAUAAGUGAACAAACACGACCGGUUGCUCAGGUGGCUGCAGCAGAGUUUCAUGUGUUUAUUGUUGUUUUGUCAGUGUUCAUAGACACGAAGCACAGGUUUGGAACCUUGCGCAUUCCUGCCUAUAGAUACGAAAAUGCCACCCUGACUCUUAUUUCAUUUUAUCCUGCUUUGGAUAUUUUAUUAAAAAAUAUGUCGCACAGAGACUCGAUUAUCUUAUAAGUGU